AUGAAACAAAGUGUGAAAAGUUUCGAGAUGAAAGAUUGGCUUUUUCGAGUGAUGAAGCGUGCUGCUAAUGAGAAUUCGGUCAAUAUAGCAUGCAUGGAGGAUUUGACAGAUCUCGAGGAAUCAUUUAGGAGAAUUGAGAGUGCUUUGACCAAAAAGAACGUCACGAUGACCGAUUUUGAUAAAAAAGUCACAAUACAAGUUAUUGAUUCAAAUGGUGCCUACAACGGUGGAUUCUUACGAGGAAGAAAAGUGUUUCAAGGUCGUUUCGAUGAGUGUCGAUUGAUCAAAUAUAAAGCUUCGAAUCGAUCACAUACCUGGGAAGGCGAUGUUUUUAGAUAUUUCAUCGGCCAACAAGAUGGGAAUAAAUGCAAAGAUGGAACAGUACUUGUUGCUUUCGAUCAAUGUCUCCCCAAAUCGUGCAGUGUUUCUGAAUUGAGGAAAUUGCUCGAGAAAGAAGAGCAAAUCUGUGUUGUGGUUAACAAUGAGUAUGCUCGUGUGAACAAGGCCAAUUGGUUUUCGUGGUUUCUUGGAAUUUUGAUGGCCAUCAUCGUUGUUGUAAGUGUUUUCGCUGGAGUGGUUGACUAUUUUCUUUCCAAUCACAUCAAAGGGACAUCGAUUGAGAAAUUAUUGUGGUAUCGUUUGUUCAUGGCGUUUUCCCUGUCAAGCAACGUGAAAGGAAUCAUGAAUGUUAAAGGAACGAAUAAGCCCGGUCAAAUCGGUUCCCUUCAUUGUAUGCGUUUCUUCUCGAUGGUUUGGGUUAUCAUGGGACACAUGAAUUCGAAUGUUGUCGGUGCUGCUUCCAACGUGUUGGACAUUCUCGAUGCUUCAAAAGCUGCUCAAUUCUAUAUUUUGUCAAAUUCUUUCUUCUCUGUCGACACUUUUUUCUUCAUUGGUGGUGUUUUAUUGGCCUAUAUGUGGUUCAAAGAGUUCAAAAAAGACCGCCGCACGAUGAUGUCUUCAAAAGGAUGGCUGAUGUUUUAUGUGCAUCGAAUUUUACGUCUAUCACCACCCUACUACUUCGCUUUCUUCUUCUGGUCGUAUAUCUUCUUGCCAAAUUUGCCCGACUCGUCGAAUAAUCUCUAUUAUAGUGGUGAUGAUGAAGAUCCAUGUCGAAAAUUCUGGUGGCCAGCGAUGCUUUAUGUGCAAAAUUUGGUUCACUACACAAAAGAUCAGUGUUAUGGUAUUUCUUGGUAUCUGGCUGCCGACAUGCAAAUGUAUGUCUUCUCACCAAUUCUGCUCAUCGCUUUGGGAAUGAAUGUGCAUCUUGGUCUAUCUGUUGCCGGAGUGAUCCUUUUCCUGUCAACUUCGGGCAAUAUUGCAACCAUUUACAAAUUUCGAUACCCACCAACUAUUGCUGUCUUCGAUAAGCCCGACCCGAAGAUGACAAAUUAUGAUAACUAUGGCUUUCUCAUCUAUCAAUCAGCCUGGAUUCGUUGUCAAAUCUAUGUGAUUGGAAUUCUGGUUGGAUACUUUCUACAGAUGAAGAAAUCAAUCAAAAUCAACAAAUACCUAAAUUUGGGCCUUCUCUUUGCCACAUUUGCAUUUAUGUUAUUUGAUGUGAUGAUUCUUCACGCAGUACCGAGAGACAAAGUGAUGCCCCUAUUCUGGCGUUCGAUCUACUCAGCUUUCUCGAAACCUUUAUGGGGUCUCUGUCUCUCAUGGAUCACCAUCUCUUGCUAUUACGGAUAUGGAGGACUUCUCAACUCAUUCAUGUCGUGGCCUGGCUGGACCCCUCUUGGUCGUCUCACCUAUUCGGCCUAUCUCAUUCACCUAAUCGUUGUCACUUAUCUGCUUAUCAUUCAUCCAUCGGAAAUCGUUUGGGGAAGCUACACUGACAUUUUCUCAAAUUUCAUCGUCCCAUCCGUUGUGAUCACUUAUCUCUUAGCGAUUUUGUGGAGUUCUUGUUUCGAGGUGGCCAUGGGAAAGAUAGAAAUAAUUCUAAUUGGUGGUCGAAGACGGGCAGUCGAUCCUCUCAAAAAGAGAGAUGAGAAUGAAAGAGACGAGAAAAUGGGAAAUCGAGAUCAAAAUGGGCUUUCCAACGGUGAAACGGUGUCCCCGAUUAAAACUGCGCCAAUUUCAUCGAAAGACGAAACAUGGUCA